CAGCUUCCAAGAUGUCCGAGCAAUACACACUGCCAGUGACCCUUCCUCCUGCCCUCGGUCAGGAGCUUUUCAAGACUGUUUCUCUUCCAGCCAGUACCCAGGUGGAGCAAAUGAAGCAGCCAACCCCACUGCCUGCCCUGUGCCAGAAGGUACCCUCCGAGCUCCCAGUGGAGGUCCCCUCAAAGCAUGGAGAGCAGCACACAACUGUGAAGGGGGUACCUGAGCAAGAGUGUGAGAAGCAGCAGCAGCAACAGGAGCCACAGGAGCAGGAGCUGCAUCUGGAACAGCAGCAGCAGGAGGAGUCACAGGAGCAGGAACUGCAUCUGGAACAGCAGCAGCAGGAGUCACAGGAGCAGGAACCACAUCUGGAACAGCAACAGAAGCAGGAGUCUCAGGAGCAGGAAUUGCAUCUGGAACAGCAGCAGCAGGAGGAGUCACAGGAGCAGGAACUGCAUCUGGAAUGGAAGCAGCAGCAGGAGUCACAGGAACAGGAAUCUCAUCUGGAACAGCAGCAGCAGCAGGAGUCACAGGAGCAGGAACUGCAUCUGGAACAGCAGCAGCAGCAGGAAUCACAGGAACAGGAACUGCAUCUGGAAUGGAAGCAGCAGCAGGAGUCACAGGAGCAAGAACUGCAGCAGCAGCAGCAGCAACAGGGACAGCAUGGGGAACAUCAGGAAGCAGAAAACCUGGAGCAACAACUUGAGCAGGAGAAAGCACAAAGGGAUCAGCAGCUGAAGGAGCAGUUGGAAAAAGAGAAGAAGCCCUUGGACCAGCAUCUAGAUCAAGAGCUCGCAAAGAGAGAUGAGCAACUGGGAAAGAAAGAAGAGCAGCUUCUGGAGCCAUCCGAGCAGCAGGAAGGACAGCUGGAGCAGCCUGUAUUUGUCUCAACUCCUGGCCAGAACGAAGAGAUCCAGCCAGUUCAGUGCCCCCCUGAAAUCUUGCUCCCCGCUGAGCAGCAGAACCUGAAGCAGGAGGUACAGUAGCCAGUCGAACAUAAGUAACCACUCCCAUGUCCCAGAGGCCCUCAGACCAUCCCACACAGCAAGAAAGAGCCACCAGCCCACUUACCUCAGGGGGUGGCCCAUCUCUGUGAAUCUACCUGUCCCUGCCCCUCUGCAUGUCUCUUCAUCAGGGUUGGAGGUGGAGGGGAGGAAGUUAAUGCCCAGCACCCACCCCCAGUGAGCCCAAUCCCAACCUCAGAUGAUCGGAGCCUCUGCCUGAGGGACUGUUGUUUCUAGAGUAACUCUGACAGCACCUUCAGUGAUAUGGCUAAAUCUGUGAGUGUGUACAAUAAUACAUAAUAAAUCCUGGAAGUACGGGGAUCCUGUAUUCUCUCUGUCUUUUCCUCCUCCAUCUCUCACCACAUAAAAAUGUAUGUAUGGGUUAAUGGUUCCAGUUGACUCUGUUAGCCAAUUCUUCAAGGAGAACAGACAUCUGAACCCUUCUUUAAUUCUGCACUGCAAAUCACUCAAUAUAUUCAGCAGCUUCUGAAAAAGAAACAAACUCCAAACUAAACCAAAAUGAAAACAACUUUACUUAUGCACCUAAGAGUAACACUUGCCUGUCAUGAAGAGGGGAUAAGUUAUUCCAGUUGGGGAGAAGAGGAUCUACCCAUCUCCAUCCAACACCGCCUCUCACUGCCCACACAGACAUCAAUCCUAGCCCAUGGCCAAGCUCAGCCCUGCACUUGACUC